UUUCUCCAGUGCUUCCAUUCUACUGAUCAGGCCCCUGAUCAGCACCAUUUCUUCAUCCUCCUCGUCAGAGGAAGAAGGCGGAGGAGGAGGCCUCUUGGGUUGCCUGAUGGGCCUCCCCCCCUUUUCUCUUUAGCCUUCCUGGGCAUUCUAUACUCCCUAAGCCUUGCAGCAGAAAGGCUGCACCGUAUGUAUGUAUAAAUGGGGGAAAAUGUAUAAUUGGAAUGGAAAACAGCACACCAGCCCCUUAGAGGAGCAGAGGUAUCCCCUGAAAACACCAGAAGCCCCACCGAAAGGAGCAGCCAAGCAGCCUAAGACCUAGGCCGCCCUCGCAGACCAGCCACCUAGCUAAGGAGAGCUCUCAUUGGCUGGUGGAUGGACACGUGAUAGGAUCCAGAGGAAAGGCACAGAGAUCGCACAUUGCUUUGAUGGACGCCCACGCCUGCAGCCUGGCCAUAUAUAUGGCAGUUAUUGAAAGACCCCCAAGUACUCUUUGCUGGGUACAAGGUCCCACACCCCCUUGAGCAUAAGAUCAUCAUUCGGGUUCAGAUCACUCCCGAUUACAGUCCCCAAGAAGCUUUCAUCAAUGCCAUCACAGAUCUCAUCAGCUCUCUCUCUCUCCUGGAGGAAAAGUUCCGGUGAGCCUUGAGGAUGGCAGCAGAAACCAAUUGUGUCCAUUCAGCAUUUGAGCUGGCAGAAGCAAAUGAUAGCAAAUGGAAUUCUCACCCUCAGAUCUUCCUGGAGCCUAUAGAAAAGAGCACUGAUCUCAAAGCAGAGGUGAUGAAGAAGGUGGAGGAAACUUGCAGCUGCACCCCAGCUAGAGCCAAAGACUUGCUUCUCAGUUUCCUGCCAGUACUGAAGUGGCUCCCCAAGUACAAGCUGAAAGAGAAUGUCUUGGGAGAUCUGAUGUCUGGUCUGAUUGUGAGCAUCUUGUUGGUUCCACAGUCUAUUGCCUAUUCUCUGUUGGCUGGCCAAGAACCUAUCUAUGGUCUGUAUACAUCAUUUUUUGGAAGCAUUAUUUAUUUUCUGUUUGGAACUUCUCGUCACGUCUCCGUUGGCAUUUUUGGUGUACUCUGCCUGAUGGUGGGAGAAGUGGUGGACCGCGAAGUGCAGAGGGCCGGCUAUGGUUUGGAAUCAAGUAUUCCUAGCCGUUAUCAAAUAGAUGUCUACUUAAAUAGCAGCACACUGAGGCCUCUGACAAUGAACCAGACGUCACCGAUGUUGUGUGACAGAAGUUGCUAUGCAAUUACUGUUGGAGCCACUUUGACUUUUAUCGCUGGGAUUUAUCAGGUUGCCAUGGGCUUCUUCCAGGUGGGCUUUGUCUCUGUGUACCUCUCUGAUUCCUUGCUCAGUGGAUUUGUUACAGGAGCUUCCUUCACCGUCCUUACCUCACAAGUGAAAUACCUCUUGGGCCUAGACAUUCCUCGGAGCAAUGGCAUUGGUUCCCUUGUAACCACUUGGAUAAACAUAUUCAGAAACAUCCACAAAACCAACCUCUGUGAUGUCAUCACCAGCUUCUUGUGCCUUCUUGUUCUUAUACCAACUAAAGAGCUAAACGAACGAUUCAAAUCCAAACUUAAGGCUCCCCUGCCCACUGAACUGGUGGUGGUGGUGGUAGCUACCCUGGCAUCUCAUUUUGGGAAGUUGAAAGAGAAGUAUGACUCCAGUGUUUCUGGACACAUCCCAACUGGGUUUCUGCCACCACAACCACCAGAUUGGACUCUUAUUCCCAGUGUGGCUAUAGAUGCAGUGGCCAUAGCCAUUAUUGGUUUUGCCAUUACUGUGUCUCUCUCUGAGAUGUUUGCCAAGAAGCAUGGCUAUACAGUUAAACCCAACCAGGAAAUGUAUGCCAUCGGUUUCUGCAACAUCAUUCCUUCUUUCUUCCACUGUUUCACAACCAGUGCAGCUCUUGCCAACACACUUGUCAAAGAGUCAACUGGCUGUAAGACUCAGAUCUCUGGUUUAGUCUCUGGCUUGGUCACCUUGUUAGUCCUCCUUGUGAUUGCUCCCCUGUUCUAUUCCCUGCAGAUAUGUGUCCUAGGGGUUAUAACCAUUGUCAGUCUCAGAGGCGCCUUGCAGAAAUUCGGGGACUUACCCAAAAUGUGGCGGCUAAGCAAAGUGGACACAGUAAUCUGGUUUGUCACCAUGUUAUCAUCAGCACUGAUAAGUACUGAACUUGGUCUUCUGAUCGGAGUCUGCUUCUCCAUGUUUUGUAUCAUUGUGCGGACCCAGAGACCAGAAGGACAAUUACUGGGCUGGGUCCCAGAAUCUGAAAUCUAUGAACCUCUUCCCGCAUACAAAGAUCUUCAGACAAAGCUAGGCAUCAAGGUUUUUCGUUAUGAAGCACCUCUCUACUAUGCCAAUAAAGAGAACUUCAAGUCCAUGCUGUACAAGCGGACUGGAGUCAACCCUUUGUUGGAGCUAGCUGCAAAGAGAAAGGUACAAAAGCAAAAGCUGGGUGAGAAAAUGACCAGUUCCAAUAGAAACCCAGCAGAAGUCUCUGUACAGCUUGUCACUCAGCCAUUGGCAUUUCAUACCAUUGUGAUCGACUGCUGUGCAGUGCAGUUCUUAGAUACAGCAGGGAUCCACACUCUCAAAGAAGUUCACAAAGAUUAUGGGGAAAUUGGCAUCCAGGUACUGCUGGCUCGGUGCAAUCCUGAUGUGAGGGAUUCCCUGCACCGAGGGGAGUACAUUAAAAAGGGGGAGAAAACUGUCCUCUUCCAUAGUGUGCAGCAAGCUGUGGAAUAUGGGUGCUGUGCCUCUGAAGCUUCGUGGAAGUAAAAAGUUCACCCUGAAUAUUAACAAACUUCCCAAAAUGGCAGUGUGUGUGUGUGAUGAUGGACAUGCAGUCACACAUUUAAAUUGAUAUGCUAUUGAUUUUACAAUAUCAUAAACAUGUGUUUUGAUGCUUUACUUUUGCUCUGCUGGAUAGGGCAUUUAGAAAGCAGUAACGACUAGUGUGUGGUGAUGUGGACAGCUAUCUCCACAUUUCUCUCAGAAGAAAUACUUUUAAAGCUAGAAGUGCCUCACACAUCACCUUUUGAUGCUUUCAAGUCCCAAGUUUUCCAUCUUGCAUUGAUGCCAGGACCACACAUAUUUGGUCUUGUGGAAAAAAUAACAUCUUUUUGGUUGCGACUUUGCCAUAAAACAGUAAAUGUGUCAUUUUAUUGGGCUGAUUAGUUAGAACAGUCAUUCUCUAGCGCAGAGCUUUCCUAGGUCUCUUACUCCCUGAUGUGUCUUACUCCCUGAUAUGUAUGUAAGAACAUACAUAUGGCUGAGGUUUGGCUUGUUGACUGAGUCUUCUGCUGAUCAAAAAUGCCUUGAUGGAGAUUUAAAAUGGACAGGAGACACUGGCUGACAUCCUGACUAAAGAAGCACUUGCAGAAGGAUGUUCCACUAUUGCGAGGCUGCUGCACUGGCUACGUGCUCUGCGCCUGGAGCUUGCAUUCCAGACUGGUGUUGGGCAACAGCAAGCAUGCUUGCACAACAGUUGCACAACCUGUGGCAGGCCUCAUCUGUGUUAAGCACAACUUUUGCACAAUAGAGCAAGAGUGCCUUCCACAAAUCCCUGUCUUUCAACACAGCUAUGUGACCCUCUUUUGGUAGCACGUCUUUCUCUUGGUAGCCAAAGCACUUCGUUACUUGGUAUAUCAGCCACUUUUACCAAUUUUAUAAUUUGAUUUUUAAAAGCUGUGUGUUCUGUAACAUAUGAAACAAACUGGACACUUAAUUAUUUGGAAACCAAAGCACUGGACCAUGGAUGGUGACUGCAGGGUAAUCAGAGCCUGCAAAGCUUGUUUGUAAGUAGUUGCCCUCCGUGUACAUCACACAUACACACACACACACGAGAAGCAGGUAAUGGGGUCUUCCUCUGGAAACUAGCAGCUAUUGCAUGCCAGGGAUACGUGAGAAUGAAAUAAAAACCUCUUAUGGCCACUUACAGCCAAAGAGGUGUUCCCCGCCCACAUUACCUGUUAGUGAGAUACUGGAGCUAUUUAAGUUCUGAAUUAUGUGUCUGCAUGUUCAGUUGUAAAGGAUUUAUUUUGUUGGUGGAGGGGAGGAAACAUCCUUUUGCAUAGUUUUUCUAACUACUAUUUCUAUUUUAAAAUGUUCUAGAACAGAACAUAAGAAUGGGAGGAAGAAAGGAAGCUCUGUAACUCCUGUGUGUAAUUAUUAGCUUUCUUAGCACAUGAGAACAAGAGUUUUAACAUCUUAAUACAGGAGAUUGUUAUGCAAAGACUUUUCCUGUUCAGCCUCUUUGUAAGCAUUGCAAACUGUCAUAGAUACCAGCCACAGUAAAAUGCCUAGUAGAUCGUCUUCAGCAAAUGAGUCAAACUACAUGUUUCAGAUUAAUGGCAUCAUGGAGAAACCUAUACAAAGAAGAUUAACUCCAGCAUGUGAGCAAAUCUGUGAGCAUUCCCAAAGCAAAAUUUCCUAUUCCUAGAGCAAAAAUAGGGACAAUUUAGAAGCAAUAAUUUACCAGGACAGGGACCAGAAACUAGGGACUACCCGUGGUACAUAAGGACUCUUGGUGCAUACAGCACACAUUAUAAUUGGACAGAAUGCUGAGAACUGGCUUAGACCAAUGGCAGUUCAGACAGUACUCCAACCAACCCAUUUAAAUGCCUGGUUAUGCAGUCACAAGACGUGAUGGUGGCCACUAUCUUAGAUAGCUUUUUAAAAGAUUAGACAAAUAAACAUGCAAGGAGAAAAAACAACAACAUGGUAUUAUUUGUGUGAAUCACUUGGUAGCCAUUUUAACAAUUAGGGGGGAAAAAGAACAAAGUAAAGUAGCAUCUUUAAUAGCAACUAUAAUAUUACAAUACUGUGCCACCUACUGAGUCCUUAUUAUCAGAGGCGGAUUAAUGUAGUAGCAAAUGUAGCAUUUGCUACAGGCCCCGCGUUUUUGCGGGCCCCACACGUCCAGCUUCCAACUGGGAAUUAAAGUUAAAACUUUACCUGUUUUAUUUGGUCCAUGUUAGAUAAAAUAUCCCUUUUCUGCUAAAUGUCUCUUUUAAGAGAAGGCUCAGCACAGCAUUUGUCCAGUGGCUGUUGCUGGUGCCUACCACAUUUUUCUUUUUAGAGAGUGAGCCCUCUGGAGACAGAGAAUCAUCUAUCCACUCUUCAUUUUUCUAUGUAAACCACUUUGAGAAUUUUGAAUUGAAAAACUGUAUAUACAUGUUCACUGUUGUAGUAAGUGUGAGUUUGUGGUUUGGUCUCCCGUACUCCAAAAUAUAGCAAAUGGGGAAAAAUGAAUCACUUUACUAUGCAAGUAAAUAAUUUAUGUUUUAA